ACCUCCCCUUCUUCCCCUCACCCCCACCCUACCCGGGCACCCGGCUGCUGCCAGGAGAGGAGGGCCGGGUCCGGACCACCACCCCUCUCUUCCCCGCCACCUACUCUUCUUCUCCCUGUCCUUUCUCUCUCUACUAGUACUAGGUCUAGGGUCGCCUGGCCGCCAGCCAACCACGCGCGCACACGCCCCGUCCGGCCGUACCCGCUCUUCAUUCCCCACUGCACACAAAUACUACUGUGACUCCGUGAGGGAGCAACAGGAGGAAGAAGCAGGGGGGAGAGGGGAGGGGAGGGGAGGCAUUCGUGCUCCUUUUUUCCUUCCUACUGUACGAGUACAGGACUGCGCUGCCUGUCUCUCCUCGCCUGCUGCCGACUUCGCGGCCUCGUCGCCCUGCCAUGUCCACCAUGGACGAAGGCUACGGGCCUACUUGGGACAGCGACGACGAAUACGACAACUUCAUACGCAAGAUGAACCCGCCAAGGAUCGUCAUCGACAACGAGUCCUCGGCGGAGGCCACAAUUGUAAGGGUAGAUAGCGCGAAUGAAUACGGGAUAUUGCUGGAAGUGAUCCAGGUCAUGAUUGAUCUCAACCUUGUCAUAGGCAAGGCAUAUAUAACCUCGGAUGGUGGAUGGUUCAUGGAUGUCUUCAAUGUGACCGAUAAGGAAGGGAAGAAGAUCAAAGAUGAGGCAACCCUCACACAGAUCGAAGACUACAUCAGAAAGUCCUUGGGCGCAGAUUCAAGAUACAUUCCUUCCCGCCGGAGAUCGGUAGACGUCGCCGCCGCAGCUGACCACAACAUCAUCGAACUGACAGGGACAGACAGGCCAGGACUGCUCUCUGAGGUCAGCGCUGUGCUCACCAGCCUCAAGUGCAACGUGGUCAGCGCCGAGAUCUGGACCCACAACACCCGAGCCGCGGCCGUGAUGCGGGUCACUGACGAGGACACUGGGCUGGCGGUCACGGACGCCGAGAGGCUGGAGAGGAUCAGGGAGAAGCUGUCGUACCUGUUCCGUGGAGGCAAUCUCUCUCGAGGUGCCACAGUGUCGUCGAGGACUGCCACCACGCACACCGAGAGAAGGCUGCACCAGAUGAUGCUCGACGAUGGCGACUACGAGCAGCUCCAGCGGCAAGCUCCAGGACAGUCUCAGAGGCCUAACGUCACCGUGAGGAACUGGAACGACAAGGACUACUCGGUGGUGACCAUCAGAUGCAAGGACAGGUCCAAGCUUCUGUUCGACACGGUCUGCACUCUGACGGACUUGCAGUACGUUGUUUUCCACGCGAACAUCGAUGCCAAGGACAAUCAGGCUUACCAGGAAUUCUAUGUAAGGCAUGUGAAUGGAUCGCCAAUGAACACUGAAACCGAGAGGUUGCGAGUCAUCCAAUGCCUGGAAGCAGCCAUCGAACGGAGGGUAUCUGAGGGUGUGAAGCUUGAGCUGUGCACCAACGACAAGGUCGGGCUGCUAUCCGAGGUCACCCGCAUCUUCCGCGAGAACAGCCUGACGGUUACGAGGGCGGAGGUGACCACGCGGGGCAGGAUGGCCGUGAACACGUUCUACGUGCGCGGCUCCGCGGGAGAGGCCGUCGACCAGAAGGCGAUCGACUCCAUCAGGGAGGCCAUAGGCCACAGCCUCCAGGUGAAAGGCCAGGCCGAGCCACCGGAGCCGCAGAAGAAAGAGUCCCCCACGUGGUUCCUCUUCGCCAACCUGUUUCGCCCGAGGUCGCUCUACAGCUUUGGGUUCAUGCGCUGAUCGAGCCGUCGCUUCCAAGAACCGCUGCCCGUGCAGUAAGUUCACCACCGUUCACGAAGCAAUCCAGGACAUGGGGGGAUCUUCUUCAGAAGGUGGAAAAGCCUUCGUUGUGUCCUAGCAGUGCAGGUUUGGCAUGUAGGUAGAGCAUGGCAUGGGUGGUGUUCAUAUAUAUAUCUGCCGUCGUCGUCAUCAGCAUCAUCAUCUGUGUCAUCAUCAUCAGCGUCUGUAAAUAUGACAGCAUUUGACCAUUUGUACAUAUAACGUGUAAACUAAAGGACGUAAAUAUAAGCUGUACAGAAUAUAGU